CACACCGACACUGCAUCGAUAACUUCUGGGCCAACUAUACCGACGCCGGGUCUUCAUAAAAGCAAAUCCCUCACGACAUGAUUAAACGCCUCAGGUCUCGAAUUCGAACGCCCCCUCCCACCAGAAGAACUGCUCAUCGCCCAGGAUGGCAGAAGGUGAUCCUAUCGUGGCUAGUCUUGCCCAGUCUACCAGUCAGCAUCUUGACAGCGGCACUGUUUACGACUCGGAGAAAAAGUUCUCAGAGAGCAUAGUUGCUGAUUCUUCGGACAACGAUGUCGACACCAUCCACGAUGGCUUGCCGUUUCCCACUGCGGAGGAGAUGCUCACUCUCAGACGUGUAUCUGACGCAAUUCCAUGGAAUGCAUAUCUGAUUGCUGUCGUGGAACUUGCCGAGAGAUUCUCUUACUAUGGUUCUAGUGUUGUUUUCGUCAACUACAUCCAGCAACCCCUUCCUCCUUUCUCCACUACGGGCGCCGGUGGUGCAAAUGGCCAAUCUGGGGCCCUAGGCGCCGGUCAACAAAUGUCUACAGGCUUGACCACGUUCUAUCAGUUCUGGGCUUACAUCUGUCCCAUUGCCGGUGCCUACAUCGCUGAUACCUACUGGGGUCGUUACAAGACAAUAUGCUGGAGUGUCGUUGUUGCCAUGUUGGGCCACGUCAUCAUGAUCAUAUCUUCAAUCCCUGGCAUCAUUGGCGGUCGUGCAUCACUUGGCAUAUUCAUUUUAUCCAUGGUUGUCACUAGCACUGGCACUGGUGGCUUUAAGUCCAACGUCUCCCCUUUGGUUGCAGAGCAAUAUCGGAUAACAAAAUGUUACCUUGCAACGACUAGUUCGGGCGAGCGCGUCAUUGUUGACCCAGCCAUGACCACUACGAGAAUCUAUAUGUAUUUCUACCUUUUCAUCAACAUUGGUGCUCUCGUCGGUCAGAUCGGAAUGGUUUAUGCUGAAAAGUAUGUUGGCUUCUGGCUGGCCUACACGUUGCCCACUGCAGUUUUCUGUAUAUCUCCUCUGGUCCUAUGGUACGGUCGUAAUCGUUAUCACAGAUCUCCACCGCAAGGCUCCGUUCUUCCAGCCGCAUUGCGCAUCUGGCGGUAUGCCCAGCGCGGACGAUGGUCGUGGAAUCCGUGCAAGACCAUAAAAAAUCUCAAAUCUGACGACUUCUGGGAAAGCGCCAAGCCCUCUAAGCAGGUUGGUGAGAAGCCCAAGUGGAUGACUUUUGACGACCAGUGGGUUGACGAGGUCCGUCGGGGUUUCAAAGCUUGCGGCGUGUUCGUCUGGUUCCCGCUUUACUGGCUCUGCUACAAUCAACUUAAUAAUAAUUUGGUUUCACAAGCAGCAACAAUGACCACCAACGGGCUACCUAAUGACGUUCUGUCCAACCUCGAUCCCUUGGCUCUCAUUAUUUUUAUCCCGAUAUGUGAUUUGUUUAUCUACCCAGCGCUUGCACGAGCCGGUAUUCAGUUCACUUCUCUGAAGAAAAUCGCUUGGGGCUUCGGCACGGCAGCAGCGUCGAUGAUCUGGGCUGCCGUUCUGCAGUACUACAUUUACAAGACAAACCCUUGUGGGCACCACGCUGCAACCUGCAAGGACGCGAACGGGGACUCACUUGUUUCCCCGCUGAAUGUGUGGAUUCAAACUGGCUCAUAUGUGCUCAUUGCCUUCUCUGAAAUAUUUGCAUCGAUCACGGGUCUCGAAUAUGCGUUCACCAAAGCACCGACGAACAUGCGUAGUUUGGUCAUGUCUGUGUUCCUCUUCACGAGUGCAGCUUCAGCUGCCAUUGGCGAGGCAUUCGUCUCACUCUCGCUAGAUCCACUGCUUGUAUGGGACUAUACCGUAUGCGCCAUCCUCGCAGGAGUUGGUGGCCUCCUGUUUUGGAUCUCCGUUCGUAAGCUCGACAGGGAAGAGGAUGAGCUUAAUAAUCUUGCCGAUGGGCACUUUGUGGAUGAGAUUUAAGAGGUGAUGAAUUGAUAACCUGUGAGGAUGCUCAUGUCGACACAGGCGUAGUUUAGUUUCACGACUUGUGAUGAUCCUGUCCAAGAUUUUCUCCGCCCCUCAAUCCAGCGUACGAAUGUAGUACUUCUUUCGAGUACCAAUUAUUGAAUCUGCAACCGCGCGUUAAUACUAUGGUCAGUCUCAGUUAUUGGGGCCCUUGCUUACAGUGAGGGCCUAAGGCGCAGCAUCAUACCAGGACGAUGAUGGCUCAACCAAGCUAUCUUCUAUGUUAGCCUCGUUCCACAUGGAUGUAGAUUAUAU